CCCGGAACAGAACUCUUCUCUGUACAACAUCCCCUCUUCAGACAAUCCAUCUACAGUCAUUAUGCGAGCCUACUUUUACGACGGUCUUCCUGGCGACCAACGCCUCCCCCACGACUCGGGCAAGCCCGUCAACGUCGACGACCUCCUCGCCAUCGGCGUCUACUACUACCACCUCCCUGAGCUCGAGUCGGUCGACAACCUAGCCCGCGACCGAGGCUACAAGAACCGCGACGAGAUCACCGUCUCUCCCAAGACCAUGGGCGACGUCUACGAGUCAAAGGUCAAGAUGUUCUUUGCUGAGCACCUGCACGAGGAUGAGGAGAUCCGCUACAUCCGUGGUGGACGUGGAUACUUUGACGUUCGCAGCAAGGACGACGAUUGGGUUCGUGUUCUGCUUGAGAAGGAUGACUUGCUCAUUCUUCCUGCUGGCAUCUACCACCGCUUCACCACCGACGAGACCAACUACGUCCACGCGAUGCGCCUGUUCAAGGAGGAUCCCAAGUGGACAGCCCUGAACCGCGGCCCCGAGGUGGACAACAACGGCCACCGGCAGGAAUACGUCAAGACGUUCCUGGCUGAGCCUGCCCAGUGAGAGGCCCCACGUGGGAACCGAGCCAGCCUUUCAUUCUUUUACGAGAAGACCAAUCCCAGGCCAGUUUUUUUGGCAAACCCCGUCCAGAUUAUGAAAAAAAAAAAAAAAAGAGACAUUUUUUGACUACUUCAACAUCGUCAUGUCUAUACGAUUACGAAGCCCUCAAUCACUGAGGGGCUUUGCGCCAUGAUGGAGAGCGCACGGUUGGCGUGAUUUGAAAGGUGUUUUACGUCAUUUACAAGUGGUGUCAGAAGCGCAGGCCAAUUUGCAAACAAAAAAGUACAUGGUUUUGCAGCCAAGCAACAUGAAACCACCUUUGAGGAAGACAUUUCAAGAUAUUCUCCAGCUUGGAUAACCAUUCCUCAGGUUUCUUGCCGCGCCGUUUUUUGGAUUCCGUUGGAGUCGAGACUUAGCGGGAGUUUUUGAAGAUAUCCAGUCUAGGUAGCCAACUAUAUCCUGUCUCUACCAGCCUCAAGGCUUUGAUCCUUGGUCUUUCGAUUAUCGUGUGAAUUAGAAGAGAACUGCUUGAGCAGCGGGCGUCAGUUAUCUC